AUGGUUAUUGCAUCUGCUACAACCCUGGAGGAGGCUCCCGAGCUCCAUCUCAUUGCUGGAAAGUCGGAGUUCACCCUACCUCAUGCCGAGAAAUCAGCAGGCAGAGUUGUACUGAUUGAGCACAGCCCAGACAGCAACGUUGACUUUGGAGCCUACGUUUAUGGCAUUGAUCUUAACAAGUUCACGGAUGCCGACUUUGAAUUCAUUUCUGAUGCGCUCCACAAACAUAAAUUGCUUGUCUUCAAGGAGCAGCCCCAAAUGCUGGCUCCUCAACGUACGUCAAACCCACUCACAGCGAAAGAGAAUGGCUUGCUAACACCAAACAUAGAACACUUCGAUCCGGAAGAGACGACCGGUGGCUUCGCCCACGGGCCCGACCCCCUCUUGACCGAACACCAAGGAGUCAAGAUUUACGGCCUGCCGAAGCGUCCUGCCAUUCCUGUCCAACCUCAAGUCCAUAUACUCGGCCGGGGGCCGCUGCCUGAAAACCACUACCAGUUCCCCCCGGAUUUCGAGGUCCAAGGCAUCGACCACGAAGACUUCCACUUACCACCUCACAUCCCGGCAGAAGAACGUGAAGCGGGUGCUAGCAGAUUCUACCAGUGGCACUUUGAUGCAUCUUUGUACGACAUCCCACCACCCCGCGUUGGCUGCCUCCUCGCCGUCCGCACCCCCAAGGGACCGGAUGUUACCGUCCGUUGGGACGAUGGCACUGGAACCGAGAUGAAGAUUGCCCCUGGAGCCACUGCUAUGGUUGCCGGUUCCCGUGCUUUAGCUCUACUCGAUGACGAAACCCGGGACAUCGUUAUGAAUAGCCGCAUAGAGUAUGCCCCCCACGCCUUCUUGUGGAUGUCAACGGCGCACAGCACAAGGCUCGGUCACCUGUUGGAAACCGAGGGUUUAGAGAAACCGCUGGAUCAGCUCCCCCCAUGGUCGCAAGAAAAAGUCUGUGUGUAUCCCAUGGUCUGGACAAAUCCCAAGACGGGAGAGAAGUCUCUGCAAGUGCAUGGACAAGGCGCCUUUAAGCUGUACUUGAAGAGCAGCCCUAAUGGAGAAGAAAAGGUGGUCACUGACCUGAAGGAGGUUCGGGCGUUUAUGGACAAGAUUAUGAGGCCAGCGCUCAACCCCGAGAAUAUCUAUGCUCACCCCCAUCAAGAACAAGAUGUCAUUCUGUGGUACAAUAGAUCCCUAUGGCAUAGUAUUACAGAAUUUCCUAAGUCGUACGGCCCUAGGGUUAUGCAUCAAUGCAACGUUGCGGCAAGCGAUCAUCCGGCCCAAUAA